AUGGAUAUAACCAAUGUCGCCGGCGGUUCUAAGGUGAACAAGAAAACGCCUAAACGUAGAAGAAAGAUCGAUUCGAAGAAGAUAGAAGAUAUCAAGAGCCGCCAAGUCACCUUCACUAAACGCCGCACCGGACUUUUCAAGAAAGCGGCUGAGAUCUGUGUCUUGACCGGAGCCCAAAUCUCCAUCCUGGUUACUUCCCCCUGUGGUCGGCACUUUACGUUUCGCCACCCCAACUCCGACAUCAUGCUUGACAAUUAUCUGAAUAAUAAAAACACCACCGGAGAGGAUACUGGAACCACCACGAACUCUCCACCACCGCUUCCCAUGAAGGAGUUCAAUCAACGUUACAUGGAGGUUUCAAGGGAGUUGGACGCUGAGAAGAAGCGGAGGGAGACGAUUCCGGUGAUCGGUGGCGGAUUACGAUGGUACGAUGAGGCUGUUGAUGGGCUGGAUGUGGAGGAGUUGCAACGGUAUCUUUGUUCACUGGAAGAGUUGAAGAAGAAGGUUUUGACGAGAGCUGUUGAACUGAUGAUGAUCAACAAGUCUUCUGAUGCAUUAUUUGGUUCGAACAACGGCAAUGAUCAACCGCCGGUGGAUAUUCCGGCAAACGCAGUAGUCGACGACGGUGGUUUUAACUUCGAGUACGAUAGGGGUUUUUGGAAUUGUUAG